AUGCCUCCCGGGUCGCAGAAAGGCACUGGCAAGAAGGGCGGUAGCGCCAUGCGCCAGCGGAGUCGGAACACCACGCCAAGCAGCCUCCAACCAACAGCGACUCUGCCGGCGAUAGAAGCCGUUGAUGCUGAAUACUUGGAGCUUCGAGUGGAAAAAUUCCGGUCUCUGACCAACGAAGAUGUCGUGGACCAAGGCGCCGCCAACGCCAUGAUGCCGGAUACGAAAAGUCUAGAUGGCAUGGUCGCCCGUUUGCAGCGGCUACAGAAUACGAUUGACCUACGAAGCAACUUCUACGAUAAAGGGAUGCGCAUCCUCGCCAUGGCGCGCAAGAAUCGUGUGGAUGAAGAGGAGGAGCGGACAGCAACGGAUGGUGACGAGCGCGAAAAGAAGAAUAGGAAGAAGCGCAAGGCAACCGACUCCCUGGCUCCUCAAGAUACGAAGCCUGAGCGGUCUUCCCCACUACGCGAAUCCACCAAGGCAAAGAAACAUCACCGCGAGAAUUCGGCUAGUUCCUCACUUUCGCCAGUUGCACAAGCAUCCCCAACUGCCAUGGAUGUGGACGAGAGCGCCAAGGCAGACGAAAAUGAAGAAGAAGAGAGCUCUGAUGACGAAUCACGGCCCCCGCGGCCCAUGCUUCCGCAAAGUAACACGUUUGGCGACGACCCCUCCACCUUUCCCGAUCCUACAGUUGCCAAACCAGCCAACCAGAUCAGCUUUUCCACCUUUUCCACCUACACCGAACCCUACUUCCGCCCUUUUUCGGAAGAGGAUCUGGCCUUUCUUAGGGAAAGGGCCGAUCGAGUGGCUCCGUUCGCCAUGCCGAAGAGGGGCAAGAAGCACUACACAGAAAUUUGGGCGGAGGAGGAUGGCGCCAUGGCCGUGGACUCACACCCUUCGAGGGACCGGCUGCCCCCGAAUCAGGCACGCGGGUCCAUCGAAAUCAUGGGCGAUGACGUUGCGGAAACUGAUAAGCUCUCCGUCGGGCCACUCCUCAGCCGCCUACUGCAAGCUAUGCGGCCUGAACCUAGGGCGCCCCUUAGUGAGGAUCGAUCGAAUAGCGUGAAUGGAGACGCAAUCAUGAGCCUAGACAUGAACGGGGAUGGGCCCGAGAACGGCGUGGCCAGCGAGGAUAAGUCCAAUUCGCUCGCGCCGGCUAGCGCCAUGCUCGAAUCGUCGACGGAGGCGUGGAAGAAGGCGUCGCAUCCGAAGCUUGACUACGGUCAAGUGGAUGAGCGCAUCAAGCAAGAGCUCCGCCAUAUUGGCUUCCUCGCGCCGGAGCCUAGUUUUGAGGCCGAGUACGACGGACACUUUGACGACGAGGUGUCGGCACGGCUUCGGCUGCUGCAGGAACGCCUGCGCGAGCAGAUGCUUAUCAACGGUGCUCGCAAGGCCCGGCUGACAGAAUUAGUCAAGGAGCGUAUGGCUCACCAAGAAUACCAAACCAUCCUGGAAGAUCUGGACCUGCAAGUCCAAAGUGCCUACCUCAAGCGAACAAGGACGAUGGGCAAGAGCAAGAAGAACAAGCGACCCGGUGGCGCGGGCGGUGGCAGCCACCUAGUCGGGGCCACGGGCACGGCGCGGCCUGGCAUUGGCGAUCUCACGCGGACCCUCAUGGAGCGGCGGCGGCGGUGGAUCGAUACUAUUGGUUCCGUAUUCGACGACGAGAAUUUGGGUAGAGUACCGCGUGUUUCCGAGCCAGACAGCUCCAUCUUCAGAUCGGCGGAAAUGGGGCCGCUUCUCAAGAGGGAGAAGCAACAGUGGGACGAGGAGGUGGAAGACGAAGAGUGA